AUGCCUUUGCUCCUUCUGUGCACCCCAAGCAACACUUUUGCUUUUCUUCCUUCUGCACCCACAAUUAAUGUCUUUGCUUUUCUUCCAUCUGUGCCCCCCCAACCAAAUCCUUUGCUUUUCUUCCUUCUGUGCCCCCCCACCAAAUCCUUUUUUUUUCUUCCUUCUUCCUCCUUUAGCCUUUUCUUCCUUCAGUGCCAAAAAAAAUCCCUUUGCAUUUCUUCCUUCUGUGCCCCCACCACCAAAUCCUUUGCUUUUUCUUCCUUCCUUUUCUUCCUUCCCCCCCACCAAAUCCUUUGCUUUUCUUCCUUUCAAUUAAUGUCUUUGCUUUUCUUCCUGCCCCCCCAACCAAAUCCUUGCUUUUCUUCCCCCCCCACCAAAUCCUUUGCCCCCCCAACCAAAUCCUUUUCUUCCUUCAAAGUGCCCCCCCAAAUCCUUUGCUUUUUUCCUUCAGUGCCCCCCCCACCAAAUCCUUUGCUUUUCUUCCUUCAGUGCCCCCCACCAAAUCCUUUGCUUUUCUUCCUUCAGUGUACCCCCCCCCCAAAUCCUUUGCUUUUUUUCUUUGCUUUUCUUCCUUUGCCCCUUUCCUUCCUUCAGUGCCCCCUUCCAACCAAAUCCUUUGCUUUUUUCCUUCUUUGCCCCUCCAACCAAAUCCUUUGCUUUUCUUCCUUCAGUGCGCCCCCACCAAAUCCUUUGCUUUUUCUUCCUUCAGUGCCCCCCCACCAAAUCCUUUUGCUUUUCUUCCUUCUGCUCCCCCCCAAAUCCUUUGCUUUUCUUUUUUCUUUCUUUGCUUUUCUUCCCCCCCAAAUCCCUUUGCUUUUUCUUCCUUCUGUGCUUCCCCCACCAAAUACUUUGCUUUUUUUUCCUUCUGUGCCCGCCAACCAAUGCCUUUGCCUUUUCUUUCUUUUGUGCCCUCCAACCAUUGCCUUUGCCUUUCUUUCUUUUGUGCCCUCCAACCAAUGCCUUUGCCUUUUCUUUCUUUUGUGCCCUCCAACCAAUGCCUUUGCUUUUCUUUCUUUUGUGCCCUCCAACCAAUGCCUUUUCUUUCUUUUUUUUGCCUUUGCCUUUCUUUUUUGUGCCCUCCAACCAAUGCCUUUGCUUUUCUUUCUUUUUGCCUUUGCUUUUCUUUCUUUUGUGCCCCCCAACCAAUGCCUUUGCUUUUCUUUCUUUUGUGCACAACCCCCACCCCCCAACAAUGCCUUUGCUUUUCUUUCUUUUGUACCUACUGCAAUUGCUAUUCUUCCUUCUACUCCACUGCCUUUUUUCCUUCUCUUACUCAAUCUCCUUUUGUAUCAUUUACAUUUUUCCUUUUUAUCUCUUAUUAAAGUUUAUUUCUCUUCCUCUCCAUUCUUUUUAAACAAAUUUCUUGAAUCUCCCUUGAAACUUUUGAUGCCAUUGGAUCAUUUAAUAUCCAUUUUUUUCUUUUGCCAAUCAACAAAAUCAGAACAGAAAAUGGCAGUUGGCAGACCCUCAAAGAGGGGAACAUUUUGA